CACGCAUCCAAUGUUAUUGGUACUCAUAGCAUCUUAGUCAUACAUGCAACAUACAUUUGUCAAAGUGAAAUGAAGAUAUUGUUGGAUAAGUUUUAAAAGUGUGGUUUUUAUUGUUUUCGUAUUACAAUUUUUUUUAACUUAAUUUUUUAUGAUCGUGUUCAAUUUGUUCUUUAUUAUAAACUUAAACCAUCGCCCACUACUCUAAGACAAAUUUUAUACGUGUUUGUACAGCUUUGCUAUUAAUAUCCAAGAGUUAAUUAUUUUAAAAAUAAAUAUCUAUGAAGAAUCACUAAAAAUUUAAUAGGUGCAAUUCAUAGAAAUGGGAGUUAUCUCAAGAUUCAUUAAAGUAGAAGCAGUAUUGUGAAGUGAUAUAUUUUUAAAAAAGAAUGACCAUGGAUAGUAUGGAAGUAAUGAACUCUCAAGCCCACACAGCAGCGACUAGUCCUUUCAUGUUAUCAUCAUCGCCUCUAGGCCACCAUCAUGCUACUUUUAAUUUGCAAACAGUUCAACUUAGCUUUGACGCCUGUUUAACAUAUAACAGUUCAACAGCCUGUACAUCUAAUAACACUGGCUGUAUAAGUAACAUUAAUUUUAUUUCUGGAAUAUCUCCCGCUACAUCCAUAUCUGCUGUAGCGUCAGUACCAGCUACAAUGGCCACAUCUACAUUGACAUCAAUAAGCUCAAAGUCUAUUCCUACGCUAAGUCUAACUACGUCACCUGUUUCACAGCAAUGUGUAGAUCAAUCAGAACAGCGGCAAACAAAUAAUAAUUCUCAAAAUCAAGAACUAAGAAAACGAAUGGGCUUAGAAAAUCCUUCAAUAUCAGAUGAUUCUCAUACCAAUAUUAGAAAACGUCGAUUGCAACGUUCAACAUGUGAAAGCAUUAAAAAAGAUUGUGUUGAAUAUAAAAAUGUUGUGAAUGUUAUAGAUGAAAAAGAUAAACCAGGUGAUCUAAAUACACCAGUAACCACAAGUGGAGAUCUUCCAUCAUUUUUCGGUCCAGCUGCACUUGUAGAACCACCACCUAUUUCAGAAAAGGAUAUUGUAGAUCUAAGAAAAAGGCGGAACCAAGAGAUCGAGCAAGUUCGUUCUGCAAUAAGAGAAAUUAAAAAGACACUGAAAGCAAUACAAGAAAAGUAUGGGAACACGGCAAACGUUGUCAAGGAUGACCUUAAAAAUACGCUUAAGCAUCUAAAAUCAGCUGUUGUUAUAAGAGAACAACUAAGUGUCAAAGAAGAGUACUAUUGUAUACAGUGGAAGGAGAGUUUUGCAUCACUGAGAUACAGGCAAAAGAGAAGAUAUGAUUUCCAUCGGUAA